CCCAAACCUCUCCAGCACUCAAACUUUGUUCAACCACGCCUCGGGCCAAACUCUGAGCGAUCACGAGUUUUUCAUAGACGCACAAUCUUUCCUGCUUUCGUUGUUUUGACCAGCGUUCUUUGUUGCCCUGCACAGCUUGACGCGGUACGAUUGUCCCUUCGCAACCUGCGCCCUGGCGCUUUUCUCACCCACCCGCCGCUGACCAUCGUCCGCUAGCCGACGGAUCGCCUUCGCUUAUCCCUACGCCCAACAUCAGUGCGGAAGCAUUGUGCGAGCGAGUUUCUUAAAAAGGACACCGACUCUUUUUUGGGUAUUCGGUCUACGCCUCCUUCCAAGGACAUAGCACAGCCUGCGCCUACAGCUGAGCUCUUGUCCAUACACGGCCGCCUGUUGAGCGAGCUAUUUGAGCGCCGCCGAAAGAUUGGAUACAGUUUCACGGGCCAUUUGCAGUGAAAUCUGAAAUUUGCCGCCGAUUGCUAAGAGAAACCGCUGCAUCAGAUCACUGUCAUGCCCUUGUCGCAUUGAACGAACUCUUGAAGACAUCAGCAACAUCGAAGCCUGCCCAGGCCCUAUAAGUUGCUUCUUUUGUAUUGACGAAAGCUUCCCGAGAGAUAAUUUGGUUUCACCUACAGUCGUUUAGACCUCUACAGACAACAUGAAGUUCGGCAAGCAGAUUCAGAAACGACAGCUUGAAGUCCCCGAAUAUGCGGCGAGCUUUGUUAAUUAUAAGGCACUGAAAAAGCUCAUCAAGAAGCUUUCCGCCACACCCACCAUCUUCCCACAGGCUGACCUGAACCGCCGCCCGUCAGUUGCAGACUCUCAAGCUGCUCUACAAGCCAACAAGGCGACGUUUUUCUUCCAGCUCGAGCGAGAACUCGACAAGGUCAAUGCGUUCUACUUGCAAAAAGAGGCUGAGUUGAAGAUCCGCCUCAAGACGCUCCUCGACAAGAAGAAGGUGUUGCAAACCAGAAAUGGCGUUUCGCGAAGAUCGGCCAAGUUUACGACCCUCGAAGAAGGAUUUCAGCAGUUCGCUACCGACUUGAGCAAACUGCAGCAGUUUGUCGAGAUCAACGGAACGGCGUUUUCCAAAAUCCUCAAGAAGUGGGACAAGACCUCCAAGUCAAAGACAAAGGAGCUAUAUCUCUCCCGUGCUGUCGAAGUGCAACCUUUCUUCAAUGCGACUGUUAUCAGCGAACUGUCCGAUCAGGCAACCACCAGUCUUCAAGAACUUGGCGCUUGGUCUGACGGCAUCCAAGUCAACUUCCAGUCAUCCGGCCAUGUCGUUCAGAGCCAGCACUUUAUGGGCACCGACGAGGGUGAUGCUGAUACUCUUCUCCUGGAGACUGUCAUUACUGGUAACUUGGAGCAAGUGAGAGAGCUCAUCAGCAAGAUGCAAACUGCUAGCGCUGGAGCUGAAGGCGACAAUUCUCUUAUGGACCGUUUGACAAGAACCUUCCUUGCUGCUAUCCACGAAGCCCCUAAGGAAUCCCUUCAAGUCCUCCUGGAAACAAAUCUUGUCGAUCUACACUCCUACGACGACAUCAACGAACGCAGCUGCUUGCACCAAGCUGCCAUUUACGGACGCCAGCAUGUUCUCGAAUGGGGCUUGAAGGCAGGUGUUGCUGCCGACCGCACUGACGUCUAUGGACGUGUACCAGCACACUAUGCUAGUUUGCACGGCCGCUUGGAAAUGCUCGACUUGUUGCUCGACGCCAACCGACAGACUAUCGAUCUCAUCGACCACGACAACUUCACACCUUUGAUUCACUCGAUUAUUCACGGCCACCUUGAAUGUGUCCAGCUCCUCCUGGCUAAAUCAGCUCGUAUCGACCCCGUCUCCGAUGCCGACCACGUUCCCCUCAACUUGGCAUGUGAGCAUGGCUCCGUCCCUAUUGUCAACCUUCUUCUCCAGCACGGAGCCAAGAUCCUUCCUGAUGCCGAAGGGCUGUAUCCUCAACAUUUGGUUGCCCGAUCCGGCCAGACCUCAGAACUGCUCCUGUUGCUGAAGAGCUUCGGCGCCGACCUUGACCAGAUUGACAAACUGUACGGUUGGACACCUCUUGUUCAUGCCGCCAGUGAGGGCAGUGUGGAAUGUCUCCAGGCCCUGCUCAAUGUUGGCGUAGAUACUGGAAUUGUGGACGAGAAGGACCUCCCUGCAAUGUAUUACGCUGCAUGGGAAGGACAUCUGGAGUGCAUGAAGCUUCUCAACCCAUUCAACAAGCGCACCAGAGCCAGUCCUUUGACUGCCCAGCCGUCUCUCGGCGCCAUGGACAGCAGCAGCGGCCCAGCCCCGAUGGCCCUCGAUCCCGAUGCCAUUCCCGUUCUCGAGCUACCUCCCCCCAUCAUCCCUCUCCGUAGAUACGGCCACAACUUCCUUGACACCAAGACCGUCAUUCAGCUCAGCUUCGACAAUGCCGAAUCGCCUCUGGUGUUCUUCCAAGAUGGCAAGUAUCCUGCUGCUCGCUUGACCAUUUCCUCCAAGGUUUCGGAUCUGAUCCCGAAGAACAUCAUCCUGCCCUUCCAGGAGGAUAACCGCAUCGUGUCAUUCCAGGUCGACAACCUGGACUCAUUCUCUCUCGACUUUGAAGUUUUCCCUACCUACGGCGCUAAGAUCAUCGCCAAGAGCGUUGUCCUACCUAGCAUCUUCAAAGCCUCUGAGGGUAGCACGAAGUGCUGCGUUCCUCUCUUCGACCCUCGUCUGCGCGCCAUUGGCCAAAUCACCUUCAACACGCAAGUCAUCAAGCCUUUCAACGGCCAGCCUUUGGAGAUUACCGACUUUGAGACAUAUUGGAAGGCGACAAGCCAGUUCAACCAACCCACAAAUGCCGUUGUCACUGGCUCCAGUUUGUCUGGUAGCUACGUCAGACUCUAUGUGCAAUACACCAGCGACGGUGUCCCAGUGCUGUGGCCCCGUUGGGCGAUUAACUGCGGUGGCCUAGACAUUCCGGUGUGCCGCCUGACGCUGGCUCAGUUUACCGCUGUCUCGUCUGGCAGUGAAAGCCGCGCACACCUGGCUGACAUUGCGUCUAAGAAUAUUGGCGACAUUUACCAUAUUCUCAGCACAGCCGGUGUUACGCUGAAGGAAGCACUUGCCAUCCUCCCUCAAGGUGUCCAUGCCAACCUGCAGAUCUUAUACCCCAGCACUGAGGAAGAGGCUGCUCUCGCUCUUGGCCCAUCUCUGGAAGUCAACAUCUUUGUUGACGCUAUCCUCACCGUCGUCUUUGACCACGCUCGUGCUCAGCGCGCCCAGUCGAGCUCGGCCCAGGUUGUCCGAUCAAUUGUGUUUAGCAGUUUCAGCCCUACGCUCUGCACAACUCUCAACUGGAAGCAGCCCAACUUCCCCGUCUUCCUCUGCAACGACCUCGGUAAGGAGGAUGCAGUCAUGUCCACCACCAGCACUCCUGGUAGCGGCCAGCGCAGUAUGUCGAUUAAGGAAGCUGUUCGCAUUGCUCAAAGCAACAACUUUAUGGGUCUCCUCUGCUACUCACGCCUCUUGGACAUGGUGCCUGCUCUCGUGGAUGCUGUCAAGUCUCACGGUCUGGCCUUGGUUAUGGACAAAUCUUCCGAGUCGUCUGACCAGAGCCCUUCGGCGGACCCCUUCCCUCGCGCACCCAAGGGUGUCGAUGGUGUCCUGAAGAGCCACGGAAUCCUCAAGUUCACGGACUCGAUAGACAUGUAGGCAAUGACCUGCCGAUAUCCCAUAUGUUUUCUCUUUCUUUAGCGCUUCUGUUAUGACACAAAUGGAUCUAUGUACGACGUAGAUUCAUGAUGGAUGGCUUCUAGCCACUUUUUGCUUUUUGGGUAUUAUAGAAAUGACCAUCACCAAACUAGAUUAUAAUAAAAGGCGCUCAUGUGCGCCAUGAAUGAAAUUCUUAUGUUUUAUAUUACUCUCUCAACUUCGCUCAUUAAGCACCACGAUACUCGUAGCGUAGACCUGUCAGCUCCUUCUCCGGAUCUACACCAGCCAUGAGGAACUUGGAGAGCGUCACUACGCCGAAGACGAUGCCUGGUAGAUACCCCAUGCCAAACCAGAACGGCCCUGUGGUUGGCUUCAUUGACGCGACAAGCUCCAUAAGCCCAAGCAUUAUAACAAGACCUGUAUUGAGGUACGGAAGAUGGGUGUCGAUUGGAGAGCGUAGACCACCCGCCAGGACCCCAGAGCUUGACCACGCGUCUAUAGGCGCAAGGCCAGUGACUGCAGGUGGGAGGACGCGAAGGAGAUAUGCUGUCGACGCCAGUGAUGUGAGGGCGAGAAUAGAGAUCAUCAUGGUUGCGGGGCGAAAGAUGGACAGCAGGUAUGGCAGUGUCGAAACAACUGGGAAUGCGAGGAGAUAUGUCGUAAAGGCCACGUCUCGGGCCUUGUUUUCUGCUGCUAGACGUUCGAUAUAGGCUUCUUGCUCUGUAAUGAAAGAUGUUAGCUGGGGUUCUUUGAUAAGCCACCGCCAAAGACCAUGGCCAAUGCCGUACCUUGCUCGUCCAUGGCGUCGAACUGCGAAUCGUCGUCGGAGUCAUCGUUUGGAUAUUGGAAUGUGCGACGCAGACGCGCUGUUGAGUUACCGUGGGAGGCCAUUUCGAUUGCUUCAGCAGUUUUGUCCGGCAAAAUAGGAAGCUUAAUAAUGUCUGGAUGUUUGUUGCAA